GAUGAGGGAACAUGAGAGGCGAGGAACCUCUGUAAUGGAAGGUGUAUGUACAGGGUUUGGGCACAAAGUAAUAUUCGUUGAUAAUGGAGGCUCUUGGGGAUCCUGGAGCGGAGUUCGACAGUGUCCACCUGGCACCUAUGCUACCGGUUUUAGCCUGAAGGUGGAGAAGAAGCUAGGACCUAAUGGGGAUGACACCGCUCUCAAUGGAAUUAUGCUGCAUUGCACUGGCUUGACCUCUGCUACAAUAUCAUCGGAAAUGUGCUGGGGAGACUGGACCCAUGCACAGUACUGUCCCUCUGGCAGUCGCCUCAUGUCCUUCCAGCUGCGCGUGGAACGCCAUCUGGGUGGGAAUGGGGAUGACACAGCCGCCAACAAUGUCCGCUUCUUCUGCACGGAUGGGACCAUGCUGCAGGGUUUCGGCCAGGACUGGGGAGAGUGGGGCAAUACCAGCCCAGAAUGCAGUGCUGGGAUCUGUGGGCUGUCGGCCAAACUGGAGGAAGAACAGGGCAGCAGAGGAGAUGACACAUCUCUCAACGAUGUCAAAAUGCUCUGUUGUUGAAUUGAAGCUUGUUGUUGAA